AUGAACAUAAAAGGGAUCUGCUUGGAGGGCUUCAAAUCCUACGCCACUCGCACGGUCGUCCCUGGCUUCGAUUCCUACUUCAAUGCCAUCACCGGCCUUAAUGGUUCCUGCAAGUCCAACAUUCUUGACUCCAUCUGCUUUGUGUUGGGCAUUAUCAAUUUGCGGCAGGUUCUGGCUUCCAAUCUCCAGGAGCUGGUCUAUAAGCAAGGCCAAGCUGGGAUUACUAAGGCCACCGUGUCGGUGGUGUUCGAUAAUUCUGAUAGGAGUCGGAGUCCGCUCGGCUAUCAGGAUUGUCCAGAAAUUACGGUAACACGGCAGAUUAUGGUUGGUGGAAGGAACAAAUACUUGAUAAAUGGACACCUUGCCCAACCUAGUCGAGUUCAAAACCUUUUCCACUCUGUACAGCUCAAUGUUAACAACCCACAUUUUCUCAUGAUGCAAGGGCACAUCACCAAGGUCUUAAACAUGAAACUUCCUGAGAUUUUAUCUAUCCUUGAAGAGGCUUCUGGGACAAGAAUGUAUGACACAAAGAAAGAGGUUCCUCUGAAAAUACUUGAGAAGAAGCAGAGCAAAGUUGAUGAGAUUGAUAAGCUUCUAGACCAGGGCAUAUUGCCUGCUUUGCUUCUGAGUUUUCUUAAUUAACAUAUUCUUUGAAAACAAUCUUCUUGUUGUGGUUUAUUAACCUAUUGUAAUGUUAGUAUUGUAUUAAGUGUUAAUCAUGGCAUAAAAAUUUUUAAGCACUUGCUUUGCUUUUGAGUUUUCUUUCAAAGGAUAUACCCAACAAACUUGAGUGUGAUCAUCAAUAAAUGUGAUAAACCAUUAUUUUUCAUUAAA